GGGGGGACGGAAACCAAAGGGAGAACGGGGACAAACCCCACAACGUGGGGACAUUAGAGGGGACACGAUCAUAGAGGGGACACCACAACCACAGAGGGGACACAACAGCCAUAGAGCUGACACUACAGCCAUGUCCCUGUGCAGCCCCUCGGACACAGACAGCGCCGUGCUGCAGUGUGGGACCAAUGUCCCCGAUGUCCCCGAUGUCCCCGAGGAGCCGAAGGUUUGCGCCGUGUGUGGGGACAGAGCAACCGGGUACCACUUCCAUGUGAUGAGCUGUGAAGGCUGCAAGGGCUUCUUCAGGCGUUCCAUCCUUAAGGGCGUGCACUUCACCUGCCCCUUUGCCCGGAGCUGCCCCAUAACUAAGGCCAAGCGCAGGCAGUGCCAGGCCUGUCGGCUGCAGAAGUGCCUGGACGUGGGGAUGAGGAAGGACGACUCCAGCUUCUCCCAGUUCCAGCACUACCAGCCCGCAGUGCGGCUCUGCAUCCCCGGCCCCUGUUCCCAGAGCCCCCCUGGCCCCACCGUCCCCUCGUGUCCCGGAUUCCAGCAGAUCUACCUGGAGCCACUGCUCAAAUUCCACAUCAGCCUGAAGAAGUUGCGGCUGCACGAGGCCGAGUACGUGCUGCUGGUGGCCAUGCUGCUCUUCUCUCCAGACCACGCCAGCGUCACCCAGAGGGAUUUCAUUGACCAGCUGCAGGAGAAGGUGGCCCUCACCCUCAAGAGCUACAUCGACCAUCGGCACCCCAUGCCUGAGGGCAGGUUCCUCUACGCCAAACUGCUGCUGCUGCUGACGGAGCUGCAGACGCUGAAGAUGGAGAACACGAGGCAGAUCCUGCACAUCCAGGACCUGUCCUCCAUGACGCCGCUGCUCUCCGAGAUCAUCAGCUGAGCCCCCCCAUCCCUGCGGGCUCCGUCGCACUUUACAGGGCAGAGUAAAGCUCUUUUAUUUA